CGCUUCGCUGUGAAGGCCUUGCUACGGACUUCGGAUCACCGGACUCGUUUACUGCAGGAGAAUGAAGUGAGGCUCCACAACAGAGCGUCUGGUCACCCGUCUAUUCUCACACUCUAUCAUGUGGUCGAUGAAGGACUCUUUACUUACAUGGUGAUGGAACUCUGUCCUUAUGGCGAUCUAUUCCGAGUCAUCGAGAGCGAAUUCUUCUCCAAUAACGUUCGCGCUAUCAAGUCGACUUAUGGGCAGCUUUUAGACGCACUUGUCCACUGUCACAGCUUGGGGAUCUACCACCGGGAUAUCAAGCCAGAGAAUAUACUCGUGAAGUGUUACGAGGACGAAUGUCCAAAGAUCGUGCUGGCUGACUUUGGACUCGCCACGGAAGAUCUCAAGGACUCUGGUGCAAUUGGAAGUGAAUUAUAUAUGAGCCCCGAAUGCCUCGGUCUUUAUGGAAAGGCCAUGCCGGACUAUGCUUGUGCCGCCAAUGACGUAUGGUCAAUGGGUGUCAUUCUUUCACUUCUUAUUUUUGGUCCCAAUGUUCCGUGGUCGAUGGCAUCGGACCAAUGCGAACACUUCGCGGCAUAUUGCAAUAAUAUCGACUGGUACUUCAUCGAAUACUUCAAUGUUACUGUCGAAGCGAACCAUCUCUUGACUGCUACGUUCCGGCUCAACCCUUACCAACGCAUUACUAUUAAUGCUCUCCAGGCUGAUUUCCACCUGGUAGACCAGUUU